AUGCACUUCCAAUCGCGCGUAUCCACAACCAACGUUCACGAACUCCUCUUCGCCGACGACUGCGCCCUGAACAUCACCUCGGAAGAGGAGAUGCAACGGAGCAUGGACCUAUUCUCCGCCGCCUGCGAGAUCUUUGGGCUGGUUAUCAACAAGCAGAAGACGGUGGUGAUGCAUCAACCGCAACCCAACUCAGCCACAGCCCCCAACGCGUCGCCGCAAAUCAGCGUGAACGGAACCCAACUGCAAGUGGUAGAGAACUUCCCGUACCUGGGAAUUACCCUAUCUCGCAACACAAAGAUCGAUGACGAAGUCGCCAACAGGAUCUCGAAAGCCAGUCAAGCCUUCGGACGCCUCCAAAGCACAGUUUGGAAUCGUCAUGGUCUCCAACUGAGCACGAAUCUGAAGAUGUACAAGGCCGUCAUCCUGCCGACGCUGCUGUACGGAGAGGAGACUUGGACGGUGUACACGAGGCAGGCAUGCCGACUGAACCACUUCCAUCUCAGUUGUCUUCGUCGCAUCCUGAGGCUGAACUGGCAGGAUCGAAUCCCUGACACGGAAGUACUGGAACGAACGGGAAUCCUCAGCAUCUAG